AGCUACGGUGUGCUUGGAUUAGCAGUAGAGAUCAUGCUAAACACACGAAACCCUUCGUACAGAGGAGGUUAAGUUUGAAGGUAGCCCCAAAAUCGGCUCACAGGCAGAACUAUGCCUGAAGACAGCAUGGACAAACCGAGUAUAGUUACGUGCACCGCUCCUGUGAAUAUAGCUGUCAUUAAAUACUGGGGGAAGAGGGAUGAAGAUUUAAUUUUACCCAUCAAUUCAUCUAUGAGCGUCACUUUGCAUCAAGACCAGUUGAAAACGACAACAACAGUUGCAAUCAGCCGAUCCUUUCAGGAGGACAGACUGUGGCUCAAUGGCAAAGAGGAGGACAUUACCCAUCAAAGACUGCAGUCCUGUCUGAGGGAAAUCAGACGGUUAGCGAGGAAGAGACGCAAUGAUGGAGACGCUCGUGCGACUGAUUCAGUGGGAUUGUCUCAUAAAGUCCACAUUUGCUCUGUUAACAACUUCCCCACUGCUGCUGGACUCGCCUCUUCCGCAGCUGGAUUUGCUUGUCUUGUUUAUACUCUGGCUCAGGCAUUCGGUGUGGAAGGAGAGCUGUCUGGGAUUGCUCGUCAGGGCUCAGGCAGUGCCUGCAGAAGCAUGUAUGGCGGGUUUGUCCAGUGGAUCAUGGGAAGCAAAGAGGAUGGGAAAGACAGUGUAGCCCAGCAGGUGGAGCCAGAGAGUCACUGGCCUGAGCUCAGGAUUCUUGUUCUAGUGGCUAGUUCUGAACGGAAACCAAUAGGGAGCACCUCUGGGAUGCAAACCAGUGUACAAACAAGUUUACUGUUACAGCACCGAGCAGACGCUAUCGUCCCACGUCGGAUGGUAGACAUGAUCGAAGCAGUGCGAAAAAAGGAUUUUCCUGCAUUUGCAGAGCUGACCAUGAAGGACAGCAACCAGUUUCAUGCCACCUGCCUUGACACCCACCCACCUAUCUUCUACCUCAACAGUGUCUCCCAGCAGAUCAUUCACUUGGUGCAUCGGUAUAACAAAUACUGUGGGGAGACCAGGGUGGCCUACAGUUUUGAUGCAGGUCCCAACGCUGUGAUCUUCACUCUGCAGCAGUUUGUUCCAGAGUUUGUGCAGCUGGUUCAGCACUUCUUCCCCCCAGACAGAAAUGGAGAAGAUUUUAUUAAAGGUCUUCCCGUCAAGGGUGCUGCUCUUCCCAUGGAGCUGAAGCAGAAUAUUGGCCUAGAGCCCGUUCCAAAGGGAAUCAACUACAUAAUUAGCACAAAGGCUGGACCAGGCCCUCGUGUUGUUGACGAUCCGUCUGAGCACCUCCUCUCAGCAGAAGGUUUACCAAAGAAGACGGUCUGAGAAGCCUCUUACCCCAAGAAGCUAAUUCUGCUCAGCGGCAAUAAAGCUUACUCAGGAGAUCUGAAAUUUACAAGAUGAAGCAUUUUAUUUUUUAUUUUGUAUAAAAAAAAGAAUCUGUUUUUUAUAAGAUUUUACCACGCAGUAAGUCCCUUUAAAAAAUUCCUCAUCAAUCUGAAAACACUCAUUUCUCAAAUUCCUGUGUAGCUCUCUACAUUUUCUUUUAUGUGUUGUUAGCUAGAAAGUCACAUCGUAAAUAAAUGUGUACUCUGGCA